AUGUCGUCCAUCAACCUUACUUGCAGUCUAUGGCUGCUAUGGGUCCUCUCUCUGCUGUAUCUUCCUCUAUUGCAUGCACUCCACUUCAACUAUCCCGAUUUCAGAGACUCUAAUGGGAUGGUCCCUUCCGGGCAGGCCAACAUCACAGAAGGAAUUCUAAGGCUUACAAAUGGUUCACCAAUUACUACUGUUGGUAGAGCUGUGUAUGACAUACAAGUACUACUUUGGGACAAUUCCACUGGGAAGGCUGCCGAUUUCACUACCACUUUUGAUUUUAGCAUCAAGAAAAUGGGAAGUGAUCCAAUUGGUGGAGAUGGGCUUGCUUUCUUCCUUGCUAAGAAUGGAUCCCAAGCACCUGAGAAGUCACAUGGAGGCUGCUUUGGACUCAUUACCAAUUGUACUUUUAACUCUGCCGAUGGGCUGGUGGCAGUGGAGUUUGACACUUUCAGGAACACCUAUGAUCAAGCAAUUUCAGUGUCACUUUAUCCUUCCUUGAGAAUUAUUCAUCCUCCACUGAUGACCAUGAAACUAUUUAUAAUCUUUGGACUCUGA